AGGCUCCCUGGAUGUUCCCAUUCCCUGGAUGCCCUUCCCGAAUUUCCGGGCUGGAGGUGGAUGAGGAGGGAGCUCUGUGAGCCCGGCCCGUGACUCUCCUGCCAGGGCUCCGGGCGGGCGCGGUGCGCAGCCGGUGCCGGUGCCGGUGCCGGUGCGGGAGCGGAGCGGGCGCGGGCCGCCCGCCGCGGCGCACGGAGCAUGCCUCUGAGCCCCGCGGGCAGCAAGCAUGAGAGCCCCGAGUCGCCGCCGCCGGAGCCGCCGCCGGAGCGCCAGCCCCGCGCCGCCGUCAGCAGCGGGGAGCCGAGCCCCGGCCUGCGGGAGGAGCCGCGCCUGGAGCCGGCCCGGGGCCCCGGCGGGCCCCGCUCGCCCAAGCUGGCGGCCCCGGCGCGCAUGGAGGAGCCCGCGCCCGGCGCCAUCGUGGUGCGCAUCGGCAUCCCCGACCUGCAGCAGACGAAGUGUCUGCGGCUGAACCCCGACGUUCCGGUGUGGGUGUCCAAGCAGCGGAUCCUGUGCACGCUCAACCACAGCCUCAAGGAUGUGCUCAACUACGGCCUCUUCCAGCCCGCCUUCAACGGCCGCGCCGGCAAGUUCCUGGACGAGGAGCGGCUGCUGCGGGAAUACCCGCUGAGCCCCGACACGCCCGUGCCCUACCUGGAG